AUGCAGCCCGAUUUGAGCAAGAACGAGGGCGAAACAAACGCAAGACAACAACUGACGAAAAGUGACAAGCACGUUCUGAGAACUACAGAAUACCUCGGAAAAGUCUCCGAACGGCCUCUUGUUUCUGCUUUGCCAGAUGUCAGCGUAAGGGUUGCACUUGCGCGCAAUUUCUCGUAUUUCGCCAGUCCAGUAGCUUGCCGCCCGACUGGGCUUUCCUUGUACCUGCAGCGAAUGUUAGCUCGUGGUAUGGGUCACAACGUUCGUCUCGCACCUGCCUGGAAAACAUUCCAACUCCAAAGAGCGAAUGCGCGCAACAAAGGAAAGAACGACUGA